AUGUGGCGGUCAACUAUCAUUCUUCUGUUAACAGUAGGAACAGCUAUGUCCUACCCUGCCGAAGCAGCCGAAGCAGCUGGAGCUGGAAGUGCAGCUGGAGAAAGCGCAGCAUCCGGCAUGACUAGCCUUGGUGAUAAGGGCAAGAGCUUUUUUGCCGAUAUUGCCAAAGAAUUGACCGGAUUGAAGUCAUUGAAUCCUUCAGAUAUUGGUGUUCAGACAUUUUUCCGAGCUUUCUUGGACAAGUUCACGAAUCUUGAUGACAGCACCAAGAAAGAACUAGAGCAGUACAUUCCUUCCGCCACGAAAAUCUUCAACGAUGCACUUUCGAAGCUCAAGAUAGACCCCAUGCAGGCGUUCCAGACGUUGGCCAAAUAUUUCGAAGAAUUCAAGAAGGGCGCAUCCAGUGAACUGAUUCAGCAAGGAGUAAACAUUGCUGCAAAUGUGCUCUCCGGUAAAGCUGGAGCAAAGUAA